AUGAAGGAGCUGCCGCCGGGCCCCGCCAUGGAGAGCGACAUCUUGGACGCGCUGGAGGCCCUGGGAUACACGGGUCCUUUGCUGGAGGAGGAAGCCCUGAAGAAAGCAGCAGAAAAUGGCUUGGCUUCACCAGAGUUUUUGGAGCUUUGUGCUUGGUUAGGUUCCCAAAUAAAGCCACUUUGUAAUAUGGAAGAGAGCAUCACUUCAACAGAUGGUGAUAAAGACAUAGAAAGCUUCCAGCUGGAGAUUAGUGGCUUUCUGAAAGAAAUGUCAUGUCCAUAUUCAUCACUUAUAUCUGGAGACAUUAAGCAGAGACUAAGAGAGAAAGAAGACUGUCUUAAGCUGCUCUUAUUUCUAAGUACAGAACUUCAAGCUUUGAAGAUUUUGCAUAGCAAGCAACUUAAAGGCUCUCACGUGGAAAAGCACAAUGAAAUUUACCAAGAAGUACAAGCUAUUUGUGAUGCAGUGGGCCUGCCAAAGCCGUCAUCUUCUGAUAUUCCUCCCUUGCUAACCAACGUGGAACUGAAGAUAAAGGAUAUUCUCUCAAAAGUUCAAAAUAAUCAUGUGGGAAAAUCCCUGCUAACAAAACCUCUGAAUUCUGGUCAAGUGGAAAGACUGGAAAAAAUCAACGAUGCUCUUCGAAGUGAGUACGAGUGUCGCCGCCGGAUGCUGAUGAAGAGGCUGGAUGUGACAGUACAGUCUUUUGGCUGGUCUGACAGAGCGAAGGUAAAAACAGAUGACAUAGCACGAAUCUACCAGCCCAAGCGCUAUGCGUUAUCUCCCAAGUCAACUAUUACGUUAGCUCAUCUCCUUGCUGCUCGAGAAGACUUAUCAAAGAUCAUACGAACAAGCAGUGGGUCAACACGGGAAAAUACAGUCUGUGCUAUCAACAAGGUUCUGAUGGGGCGCGUGCCGGACCGCGGCGGCAGACCCACGGAGAUUGAGCCCCCUCCUCCCGAAAUGCCCCCGUGGCAAAAGAGGCAGGAAGGAGGUGGAAGAGGGGGGGGCUAUGGCGGCAGGGGGGGUUACGGGGAUCCCUAUGGAGGAAGGGGAGGGUACCGAAGAUACUGAACAUCCAGCGGAUACCGACACAGUAACUGGCAGCACCCGGGGCUGGUGGUUGCUGGUGUCAGGGAUUUAGAUAACGUUGCAUUUGGUUUAGGUUAGAAUCAAGUGUGACCAUAAAAAUCAUUGCAUUAGACCAACUGGUGGUGUCACUGAAUUCUUCUAGUUAACUGAACAAAACUUUUAUACUAAAACAAGAUGAACGACGUCCUUGUUUUUCACAAUGCUCGUGUGUUGUUUUCUUUUUUU